AGAGAACAAAAAAAAAUUUAGGGAAAAAUAGUAACAUAGGCGGAGCACGGAAAACGCAAACCGUAUCCACAUUUGUGUUUUUUGGGCUACAAAUAAUUUGGCAGCUAAUUUAUCAUAAAUUAGUAACCUACCUUGGCAACGCAAGCGAUUAAAUUCCAAAAUGAGUGACGACUACUUACGGAAACCAUUCUCAAUAGCGCCAUCGCCAACCGUGCUUGCAGUUGACGAUCCACAGACUGCAACAACAAACUACACACCGGCAACGAGUACAUUUAGUAGUGCUCCGGUCUCACCGUACCUUAACUAUGAUUCACGAUUCCUGCAGCAGGCGCAGCCAGAAUUCAUCUUUCCCGAGGGCGCAAACAAGCAGCGUGGUCGCUUCGAGUUGGCCUUCUCACAGAUCGGCUCAUCGGUGAUGAUUGGCGGUGGCAUUGGUGGCCUCGCUGGUGUCUACAACGGCUUUAAAGCGACGAAUGCGCUCAAUCAGACGGGGAAACUCCGUCGUACUCAAUUGAUCAAUCACAUUAUGAAACAGGGUUCGGGUACAGCGAAUACCUUGGGAACGUUGGCUGUGCUCUACUCGGCGUGUGGAGUGUUGUUACAGUAUGCUCGAGAUCAGGAUGAUAAUGUAAAUACUAUAAUAGCUGGCUCCGCCACAGGACUGCUAUACAAAUCCACAGCUGGCCUGCGAAAGUGUGCCUUGGGCGGUGCUAUUGGUUUGGGCAUAUCGUCGCUUUACUGCUUAUAUCUGCUGUCGCAGGAGAACAACAACACAAACUCAAGUCCAAAAUUCCUGUAGAUGGCGUCGCCUAGUCCUCGUGAUCCUGGGCAAUCCUGGAUUCAGGAUGUGUGUGUGUGUAGUAGUCGCCUCGAUGCGCUUAACCGUCAAAUAUAUGGUUUUGUUUUAUAUAUUAUAAAAAUACAUAUAUAUUAUAUAUAUAUAUUUAGAUUUAUCCGGACACUGUAAGAAAUAACAUUUUUAGUUUAAAUCAAAGCAACCACCAAACAACUAAGAUGUGAAUGAAUGUAAAACGAGCAAAUAAAGUUGUAUGCUUUGAAUGCAACUUGCCAUCAAAAUUAAAAGAUUUAUUUUGUUUUUAACGCCAUACUACACUGAACUACACAAAAAAUAAAGCCAGUGCUGCAGAAUGCCUAAUAGUCCAGUG